UGAUUGACCUCCUCAACUUCGACGCGGUGACUUUUAUUUGCCGUUUUCGCGCACACAAAUUCCCCUAAAAGAAAAAGGUCAGUCUCUCAAGUUCCCGGUUCGAAUCCCUAAUUUCCCAAAAACCCUAAAUCUCCAUCUCUUCCCAUGGCUCCCAAGCGCCCAUCUCCGCUGGACGAACCCCCGGCAGCUUCUUCGGCGGAGGAUGAGGAAGUCUCAUCGGAAGAAGAAGGGGAAGAGGAGGAAUCCGGAUCUGGGUCGGAUUCCGAACCCGAAGAGCCACUGCCUCCGAAGAUCUCGUCUUCCGCACCGGUUUCCGAGAAAAAGCCGCCAUCUAAGAAACCGGACUCCUCCGCCGCCAAUUCGAAGCCGGAGUCUUCAUCCUCUGGUUCCGAGGCCGAUUCCGAUUCCGAUGUGGAUAAGGAUUUGGUGGUGAAGCCGAUUGCCUCGAAGCCAAUGGAAGAGACGCCGAAGACAAAGAAGCCCAGAUCAAGGCCCGCGGCUACUGCUACGCCGGUGGCGAAAUCUGGGUCGAAACGGCCGAGCGAGACCGAGCCCAAGGAUUCAAAGCGGCUCAAGAAGAAGGAACCGGACCAGCUCGAGGAGGAAGCGAAGAAGUCCAAGCUGUUCCAGAGGAUUUGGAGCGAUGAGGAUGAGAUAAUUAUCUUGAAGGGCAUGGUUGAUUACACCACCAAGAAAGGGGCGGACCCGUAUUCCGAUAUGGGUGCCUUCCAUGAAUUUAUCAAGAAAUCGCUGAAGGUUGAUGUGAACAAAACCCAAUUGCAAGAUAAGAUUCGUCGGCUGAAGAAGAAGUAUGCGACGAAUGUGAAGAAGAAGAAGUUUAAUCCUACUAAAGCUCAUGACCAGAAGGUGUUUGACUUGUCCAAGAAGGUAUGGGGUAGCAGCAGUAGCGGGGAUGGGUCGAGUGGUGUCAGCGGGCUGUCUGAACAGCCAAAGUCUAAUGGGAAAGCUAGGAAUACCAAGACUCUCGCUUCGAUUAGAGCUGAUAGUUUGAGCUCACCGGAGCCGCCAAAGGAGGCUGCGAAGGUGGAUUUGGGUCUGACCCCGUGCUCUUCGGAAAGUUUGAGUGAGGUGAUUGGUUUUGACAAGGGUUUCGGCGAGCUGGGGUUGCCGGAGCGUUUGGUGAAGCAGGGUUUGGAGUUGAUUGGAGGGCCCAAGCGAGCUGAGUUGAAGGAGAAAUGGAGGAAGCUGCAUGUUGCUGAAUUGGAGCUUUUUGUGAAGCGGUCCGAGUUAAUGAGAGAUCAGACGAAGGUGAUUCUGGAGGCUUUAAAUUCAUCCGACCAUUAGAAUGUUGGAUCAGGUAUAGCAAGUCGAGAUGCUUGUGUUGAUGUCUAGAAAGACCAUGUUUAAGGUUUUAGUAAUUGUUAAUUAAGAAUUCUGUAGCAUUUAGUUGCUAAGUUUGUCUAUUAGAUCUUUGCUCGGAUAAUGGCUGGCCAUCGGUGUCUUCCUAUGUGUUUAUUUGAGGUUAUUGUUGUGGCAGAGUGCUAUCUUUUGUUUCCA